AUGGAUAAUAUUGCAUACAAGCGCAAUAUUGUCGAGGCGGAGGAGGUCCAGUUCGGCAAUCGAUACUAUAAUUCUAACCCCAAGGAGGCGUGCAAAGCCACACUGAGCUCUGACACCUUGAAGUUUAUCUUCACGAGUAGACCAUAUCCGACCAUUCAAAGCCAGCUUCGAAGCCUGUUCAGAAGAAAUUUGGACUCUGUCACAAUCCGAGAUGAGCACACUCUGAACUCGAUUAUGAUUCGGCAUGACAUUGACAUGUUUAUCGACACGAAGGUAGAUCAAGUGCUGGCGGAGUUGCGUCCGGGCCAAGAUAACGACAGAGAGCACCAGAAGUUGCGCAAGUAUUUAACGCGGAACCUCAAGGGCAGAAGCAUUCGGAGUUACAUGUAG